AUGAGCGAUAAGGAUGAGACCUGUGAGGAUGCUGAGAUGGGAGAUUUGGAGGAGUCAUCAACUGAGGUUAAUGAGAGUGAGGACACGGAUGAUACUGCAGCAAGUGUGGAAGCAGUGAACCAGGAAGAGGAGAUAGUCACCAUGGAGGCAGCAGUAGUGAAUGGUGGAGAUGAAUUCGGUGUCAACAAUUUUGCAGCAGCGAUCGUGGUUGAAGAUGAAGCAGUCAAUGCGAAGUGUGUGGGAGUUGAAGCUGUGAAAGGGGACAUCAUGGUGAAGGGAUCAACGACGAAUGCAACUGCAAAGGGGCGAGUGCCUAUGAAAGAGGAACACGUUGAGGGGUACGAGAUCCGAGAGGAGUUGGGUGUUAAGAUGCCGAGGAGGUGCGAGAGGCCUAAGAAGAUAUAUCAUGGUUUGGAUGUUAAGGCGCUCCACUUCAAGACACGUAAGCAGAUGUUCAAGGUGCAGGAGCUGCAAGGGAGCGUGAAGCCUGGUUAG